AUGUUGGACUCACCUGUUCGCAUCUUCCGCUGCCCAAUCUGCAGCGAAAACGGCCUCAAUCCUCCGUUGCAGGACCUCAGUCUGCUCAUUGAACACAUCGCCAAGCACUACCAGUUCUAUCUUUAUGAAUGUCGCGAAUGUCGAGCACGGUUUGCGACGCCCUUUAUAGCAAACUUCCACAUCAAGGAGGGCAUCUGCAGACAUGAGGACGGUGAUUUACGCCCUGACGGGAACGAGGCUCUGAUCGCCGUCAACCUGGAUGACAUCGAGUUCUCGUCAUUUUGUACCCUACAGAAUGCUAUCACCAAAUGCACACAGGAUAUGUUACUCGAACAAAAGGCGGCUAUUGAAAAGGACUGUGAAAAGAACGAAAGGGAAGCUGCGAUGAACGCAGGACUUUCAGAGGAAGCAAGUGCAAAGGAGACCCUCUCAAGCCCUCGGAGCCCUUCGCUCCCACUGGAUGAAGGAGCACGGGGCCAGCAGGCCCCAUGCUCUUCUAAAGAUCCAUUGCGUGGACAACGGCCUAAAAUUCCAAAGAAGUCUCUCAAGGAUUUCAAGGACUGCAGGGCAUCUGAUCGGUUUGGCUCCGAUCGCGUUGAAAGUACGGUUUACGGCUCGUUGAAUCGAGAUUCUCAAGCAGACCGCGUCUCAUCAAGUCCGUAUACUACCCAUGUGAUCGCAGAUGGACUGCAUCGUCGGCGAGUCGUUCGAUCCGAACUGGAUGACAGGCCUCGGAAAAUCAGGAUUCAAGACGAUGGAGCGACUGUGAUACACCGCCACGAAUCUGUCGAACGUACUACGACGGACUCGUGGCGAACUCCACGAGAAAGGAGAAACGACGACGGACAACUCCACGCCCAUGGAUCGGCCCACCUGGAACCCUGGGACAGGAGAGGAGCAGAUGCGCCGGAGCUAAUCCUAUUCUCUCCUUUCGGCAACACUGAGAAACUGACCGAUCGACGGCCUCACCUCUCACCGCCUCGUGUAGCUCGUUUGCCCAGUUUACUUGACUUGUAG